AUGAGUUCAGCAAAGUCACAAGAUAGAAAGAAAAAGCCAAGCGGUUCAAAUGGAUUGAUGUUUGUCGCAAUUAUCCACCUACUGCUUGCUUGUGGUAUAAUCGAUGUGGGAAUGUUCAUGGUGACACGUUUGUCACACGUUGCUCAUGUGUGGCCGGAUACCUAUGAAAAGCUGACGAUCAGCGACAACAUAUUCUUCCGAAAUCAAAUUAUAUCAGUCCGGAGACUGUAUGCACCAGUGGCAAUCGCUAUUGGCCUAAUGAUAUUGUUUCCGAAAUUAAUACUCCUGCUCCGAAUAUUCUUUGCGAAAGUAUCGUUCUGGAGGGCAGCAACCGCUGAUAUGCUUAUCGGAUUGGUCACAAUGUUUUAUACUUCCAUCACUGCGCAGAAAAAAAUGUACCAGAAGUUACCGGUAUUUGAAGGUGCGCACGCGCAUGUAUUGUUAAGUCAAAUCGCCGAAUUGGACGUGGAUGAAGAGAACGAUAGCACAAUUUGCUACAAAAUUCGCGGCUUGGGAAAAAGAGCAUCACAGGAAUUCCGGGAUCGAUGCUUGCUGAUUACGCUGCGAAUGUUCGGCGAGCACCUAUCGUUACUGGCAGUAAUAUCAGGCACCACAACACUGAUAUGUGCCAUAAAUAUUGUUUACUGGUUCCUAGAAGAGGAUAAACGCCCAGCUCCAAAGUUACCCACGCCAUCAGCGGAAUUUGCAGGCCUCACCCAGUCGCCUAUUGCUGUCGCCUAG